AUGCCUGCCAGGGAAUUAAGCUCCUCACCGGUCAAUUUUGAAAUGUUUCAUUCCCUGCGUGCAUCCCUGAUCCCAGGCGCUGUGCAUCCUCUACAAUACAUAGAAAUUCCAUCUUCUGGGAAUGCAAACACGUCACGCAACUGUUGUGCAUACAGCGGCAGAGGCGCACUAGUACUCUUUGGGCUUAUUCCUGACUACGCUACAAAGUCAUGGUUGCCGUAUCUUUAUGCAGAUGUCUGCCCUUUUAGAAAGGCCAUGCUUGCACGAUGA